AUGUUUGCAAGGAAAAAUGCCUACAGGAUAUUUGCAUGUGCACUUCGAGCAAAUUAUGUAACCAAAGCACCAAAGCCUGAAAUCCCAAACAAUCCUUUGAAAACAGUGUACUCUGCUAAUUGUCAAAAAGAUAAUGGAAUAGUGUAUGACAGAAAACCAUUCAAGCUAACUCUUGAAGAAGGGAAAACUUACCAAUGGUGCCUAUGCGGCCGUUCCAAAACACAACCAAUGUGUGACGGCACCCAUAAAGAUAUAUUCCUCAAAGUAACACAGAGGCCAAUAAGGUUUACAGUUGAAAAGACAAAGGAAUACUGGUUGUGCAAUUGUAAACAAACAAAAAAUAGACCUUUUUGUGAUGGGACCCACAAACAGAAGGAGAUACAGGAAGCAAGCAGUAUCAAAGUA